AAUAAUAUAUAUGAAUAUUAUUAAUAUAUCACGUGAUCAUCCGAUCAUUGGUUCGGCUAAUAUUAUUAAGUGAUUUAAUAACUUAUUAGAAAAUCUCACAUUGAGAUUGCCAAUAUACAAAAACUACGAGAGAUCGAGAAGAAUUGGAAAAUAUGACGUGUUGUAAUAUUAUUUUUAAUAAAACUAAUUGAUGAUAAUUAUUUGAUUCAUAUGACUAGCAAUAUACGGUGUUCAUUAAUGAUGCAAAAUCAUUGAGCUUGCGAGUAUUAUUAUUAAACAAGGUAAAGAAGUAUAUUACAAGUUUCCAGAGGGACGAUACUGGACCAGAAUAUAAAACUCAUUAGAGCUUCCUUAUUUUCCCAAAUGCAAAUGAGUCUUUGUUGCACGUUAUUCUUCGAAACUUGCGUCCUGUAAUAGCUUUUCCAGAAAAAGCUCUUCUGGAAUUAAUGGUCCAGCCACAUUUUUGACCCAUGCCCCUCGCCUUAGCAUUGAAAUUCAGAAGGUAUGAAAACUCACAGGGUCAGAGCAUUCUAGUUCUGGUGGCCGAUAGGUACCUACCGAGGAGUAGCUACGUAUACGGGAUUAUGUAUGCGUUCAACUGUGAUUGGAAGGUUCUAGACUCCUUUGUUGAGUUAAUAGUUAUUAGAGACUUGAACGAAUGCCCAUUCAUGACGGCUGCCGUCAUUGAGAUGCACAGCAAGUAUCUUUGUCAAAACAGACUAUAGUGAAUCUAUCUUUGGUGAAGUCGGUCUUGGACUAUCAUUUAAAUUUCUUAAUACUGUCGUUUAUCAAGAGUAAAGACUCCCCCUGAUAGCAUUGUUUUAUGCCUCUGAUGAUCUAGAAUCUCCGUUAAAUGGAUUCUUGGGGCUAGAAAACUAGUCCCAGGUAUUGGGAUCGUCGUGUUACUUGUCUCAUGUAAGAUACUGAUGGUUCUCCUAUAUACCCGAGUUCGGAUCUUGUGUUACAAUGCUACACCAUUUAUGAAACCGGAUGACAACAUUGAGAGGACAUUAACCGAUGGAACAUCCGAUGAAUUACUCAUCAUAUACUGUGUCAUUGCGUCUGUAUGAUUGUAACUCAGAUAUCUCUGAUCCAUUUACUUAGCUUUCAGUGUCAUAGUCCCUGUGCAUUACCAUGGCAUUCACGGUCAAAAGUUACACAACUAGUGGGGCAUUUUCGUCCAAUGUCUCAUUUGGUGAUACAAGAAACAAUCAUCAAGCGCUGGCCCACGUUACUUAAUACUGGCACUUCCGAUGUCAAGUAGGCCGUGCGGUUUUUGAUAAGAUGAAUGGAAGAAACCUUCCUUUGCUUAUUUAGGAAGUUUUAGUACUAGAUGUUCCGAGGCAAUGUUAUAGACUGACUUGACCCCUCACUCGGAUUUUUGUUCCUUCCAUUACUUCUUGUCAUUUUUGUGUACUGUACAUGUGUGUUACGACGGCGUAACAUAUCCUACACCAUGUGAUCGAUUAGCUAAUAGGAUCCUGUGACAAGUGUUACCUGAUCCAGAAAGCCGAUCGACUUCCAGAAUACGAAGAUUUAUAUAAUCAGGAUGAAUUUCUUUACUAUAGAGUUUUGUAUUCAAUAUUAAUCAUUUAAUAUAAUCUAUUAUUAGUUACGAAUUGUAAUUAUUUAUUGUUCUUAUUUAAGUCUUUGCUUAACGCUUAGUUAUAAACCAUUUCGAGAGUCUAGAACAUUUCUACGUGAUCUAGACGGCAAACCUCGUAACAAUGUGAGUAUUCAUCAUUGGCAAGGCAGUUUGAGUUGAGACUCGAAGAGUUAACCAACGGUCUACAUCUAAGCUUCAGAAUGCAUCCACUUUCCAUCUUCAUUCAGAUUUUAACGGCUAUCGGGUUUGGUUUUGUCAUACCUCUCUCGGUAAGAGUAUCGCCUUUAUUCUCAUUUCCAUCUUAUGAUAUAGUAUUUGAUGAAGAAUAUUUGCAAUGCACUUAAGGAAAUUACCAAUCUGUCCAAGAGACCUUCAAUAUCCAGUGGUAACAUCGUCAUGUACAGCGAAAAUGCCCAAAUUGUGAGUAUCAUUAAAACUCCCGGCACUGAUCCCUCGGAAUGAUACUGACGAUCAUCCCUAUUGCAGGAAUCACAUUUAUCAAAACGUUCAUUCGACUCCGAUGCAUUUAUUGAAUGUCUGCAGGAGUUCACGGCAAAAGGUGGCAGUCGGAUAUUCAAAUGUGUCUCGGUUCACAUCGACCCAGAAAAGCAUAGUGGAGGAUUUGAUCAGGACACAUACUGAACUGGGAAGGAGCGGGGAGAGAGGUGGAGGGAAAUGGGAGCGAAAGAUGCAUGCCUUAAUUGAGCGAAUACCAUGGACUUCCCAAAAUUUAGGGAGUGGUACUAGAGACUGUGGAAUAAUUGAGAUUCACACUCUUAGCUGGAGCGAAUCGUAUGAAAUCUGGAUUUUGUAAUUUGAUGUCGAGGAAAAAAAGAGGGAAACUUCAUGUGGAUUAGGACUCUGGAUCUAGAUUAAUUAUUCAAGGGCUAGAUUGUACAUAUACAAAGACUGUCUCUUACAUGAAUGAUGCAUGAAAGCGAGAAGUUAUGAAGCAUGGAUUCAACUUUGACGGGUUGGCAGUGAGGGAUGAUGGAUUGUAAUAUUGAAAUGUAAAUCGAACUUCACUUCAAACAAUGGAAACAAAAAUUCAACACGUUAUAGUAGAAAUAUGUCACAUAAUAAUCUCGAUGAAAAGGUUAUGCUACUUCGACAUGACUAGGCAUCUUGCUUAUUUGGCUCAACUCCAGCGGUGGAUCAUUGGUGAUAUUUCUGCACCAUGUU